UAGAACCGUGCAGGGCGGAAGUUAUGUUCCCCCACCACUGAAGGGCGGAAGUACGUAUCAAGUAUUGAGCUGAGAAAACAAAUAAGCAGGAACUGCGGCUGGUGAGUUUUGUAGCGACAACACACAUCAAAAACAUAGAAUAAUUGAGAGAUGGAUGAGCUCGUGCACGACCUGGCCUCUGCACUGGAGCAGACUUCAGAACAAAACAAACUGGAGGAGCUGUGGGAGGAGAUGGUGCUGAGUCCACUGCAGCAGAGGAGGCAGAUCCGCAGGAGGCGGGGCAGGAAACGACGCUGUGACUCCUCCCACUCCCUGGAGCACGCCCGCUGCUUCAGCGAGGCCUCUGAGUCCAGUCUGGACGAAGCUGCCAAGGACUGCCGGGAGAACGCUGCCGCGGCCGCCAACUUCAGCGACUCGGACGACAUGAUCGUGGCCAAGAGGCGUCCCUCCUUCUCCUCCUCCCUCAAAAACAAGCAGCACUCCUGGCCCGAGUCGGACUCGUUCACCGAGAACACGCCGGGCCGGCCCCUGAGAAGGAGGCGGAAGGUGAAACGGAUGACCUCUGAUGUUACAGUCAGCCUCCAGCAGAAAUUAAAAGUGUCUGAGCUGGACACCGAAAGGAGCGGGAACCAUAAAUCUGCCAAAAAGCAGCGGCUCUCCAAGUUAAAGAAGAGCGUUCCCUGGACAACCGCCCAUGAGUCCUUGAGUAAUAGAGGCUUCAUUAAUGAGGAGGGGUGUAAGGAGAAAAUGAUGUUUGAAGCAGAAGAGCAGAAGGAAGCCUCUGAUGAAAAUAUGUCAGAAUGUGAAACAAGUAGCGUGUGUAGCAGUGACCCUGGACUCUUUACAAAUGAUGAGGGGAGACAAGGAGAUGACGAGCAGAGUGAUUGGUUCUUUGAGGGAGAGUGUGGCUCUGGAAUUGGGGUCCCUAGCCUUCUUCCCAACUGGGAAACAGACUCCCAGACAGAGCUGGGACACCUGGAUUCUGGAUUGGAGAAGCUUUCAUCCCCAACAUUCCUCCAGCCCUCUCGACCUCCACAGAGAGCAGGUUAUCAUGCACGCUUAAACCGCCUGCCAGGCGUGGCUGCUCGUUGUAUCAGGAAGGGAAGAAGAAGGCUGCCUGGCAGGGACAGUGGUGUUGCAGCCUUGUCUGCGGAAAGAAUAAACCACUUUUCACAAGACCCUUAUCAAAAAGAUUUUUGGUUACCAUCGAUAGGAAAAAGAGACUGGCACCAGUUUAACCCCUUGUCUUCCUUGUAUCCAGUGGAUGUGGUUACAGAUGGCUGCCACCGGAGGUGCUCUUCCUCACUGUGUAAAAACAGACAGACAAGCGUGCAUCUGGGAUUGCUGUGCACCGGCGACAUAAAAAGAAGAAGAAAAACGACCACAGCUCCUAGUUCUGCAGCAGCUUGCAUUCCCUUCCAUGAGGAGAGUUUGGGUGAAGCUGCAGAGGGUGGACACCAUCGUAGUCCUUUAAGCCUGGAGUCCACCAGAGGGGGAGGACCUUCAAUGUCUGAGAAGCCGGAUUUUAUCAAGCCAGCCAGUUUCUUCAAAUCACGGCGGGAGCAGGAGCACGACUGAAACGUGCUUCUCCUUACCAGCCUGGUUAACCUUUUCUAGGUCACAAUCAAAGGCAUACUGUAGGUGCUGUACAUAUAACUUCCACAGGACCUAAAGAGAGAGGAAACACGUUUUGUCUUUUAAAUUACCGGAGGGCAUUAAACCUAUAAAUGCACCCCAGUUCAAUCAGCACAGCUAAUAUUGUUCUUUACAUAUGUUUAGCAGUGGUGGAUAGCGACCUCCUGUCAAAAUAGCACUGUGUAAAUGGCACAGUGUAAAUAGCAGGAUGGUGACGUUCCUAAGACUACCAUUUUAAUAAAAAUGAGAUGUUUUUAAAAUGUUUUAGUGCUUUUGCUAGUGCAACUCUUACACUCCAGAUAUGAGUGUAGGGUGCAUUUGGAAAUGCACAAUGAAUUAGUGCUUUGUGGUUUUCUCUCCUUUGGGGGUCUUAUUCUAUAUUUCAGGUUCAAACAUAAAAGAAAAUAAGUGGAAAUACUAAAUAUGUUAUGCAUGUGUCCAAGUUCUCCUGUAUAAUCGGACCACCUGUCUAUAGUGACUACUAAUUUCCAUGUUAUGUAUUUCAUGUGUUAAAAUCAGCAGGACUUAAAGACUGCUUUGCGCAACCCAUGAGUGGUGGUUAAAGGCAGGUUUGACUGCAACAGAUAUUUUAACCGUGGUUUGCACAGUAUUGCAAAUUGAAUGGUUUUGUUUGUGUGGCCAUGUCAAAAUUUCCAGUAUCCUCUUGCAGUAUAUUCAAGUUUAUAAAUUAUGUAAGUUGUACAGCAGUAUCUAGAUACAGUACAAUACUGUAUCAUUCUUCGCAUUGGAUGAACUCUACUUACUUGUCCAUGGGGGAUAUAAUCUACUGUUUCCACGACUCCCUCUACAUAGAAUUGGGGUCUAGUGUUCAGUCUGUUUAAAUACAGCAUCUGCUGCCAAAAGCAGGCUUCCUGAGUCACUUAUGAAAACACUAUAUCAAAAAAACAUUGCUGACAUUUGCUAGACUACGCUGUAGAGCGCCACCUCUAAGAGAGGAGUCAUGGAAACGCAUUCUCAGUAAGUCACAGGUUGAGUGAGCCGAGCGGGUCUCUGUUCCCAAAAGGUGUGCUUGAGCUGGCCAGUGGUGGUAGAACAAGUAGGAAUCAUGGGCUUCCCAAAGGCAAUUAGCAGUCACAUUGGUGAUGCCUUUAUUGCAAUAACAUCACCUGCAUAUUCAGGGAAAGGAUUUCCAGUCGACGGAAUGGAAUCGCAGUGUGUAGGAAGUUUGGAAGUGUCACAUGGGUGCAGUCAGUUGCCUGCCCUGUUACAGUUAAGAAAUCCAGAGGCCUGAUAAAACUCAUAUUUCAUUCCCUGUAAGGAUUACCUGUCAGCGGAAAAAGAGAUGUAUUGAUCUGUUUUCCUUUUUAAAGCAGCAAUCACCUGACAACGGCACCUAGAAAAGCAUGACUGAGUGAUGCCCACAGCGUAACCCACUGUGGAGGUGCUUCAAAUGACCCGGUGACAAAGAAAGAUAAUGCAGCUAUAAACUCAACGUGAACUUGGGAAAUACACAAGACUGUUUCGUACUCUGACAGUGUCUCAGACCAGGUCUCUGGCUGUGUCUCAGACCAGGUCUCUGGCUGUGUCUCAGACCAGGUCAGCUACUGUAUCCACCAUGGGACAUCAGAAAUUUCAAAGCCCAAGUUAAAAAAAAAAUAUAUUUUUUCAUUUUUGCAUUAAACGUUGAUUAGAAAUCGAUGCCAAAAUGAUUAUUUUGACAUUCAAAAUGCAUGCAAAGAAAAGCUAAUAUACAAACUUGUUUUACUGAACGUUUAGUGAAUGUAUUAUAAUGUGAACUUGGGUUUACUGAAGGAUUUACUGUAAGUAACUGCUUCUUGCUAAGUAAUCCAGAUUUAUAUUUGGGGCAGGAAGUUCUUUUUCUGAGACCAUCCCUCCAAACACAAUUGUACUACUGGUCAUAUUUUUGCUUGUUGAAAACAAAGUUUGCUUCUACUCAACUGACAUUGAGUUGUUGGUGCUGCGUCAUAUUCCUCUUUUAUACUGGACUUGAUCUUUUUUUUCAUACAAGGGAAUAUGUUCCUUCAGCAAGUAGGUUUAACUGUUGUACACUUGUUGAGUAAUUAGCCUUAUAGAUUACAGUACUAUCAGAAUUUAUUUUUUCCAAGGACACAAAAUGAUGGAAGAGUAUUAGAUAAACAAGUGUGAAGGCUCUCUUGAACUCCAUUGCAAUAAAAUACUAGCGUUGUUGCAGCUUAUUUGAAUACAAUGACAUUGUGACCCUUUUACCAAGCUGAAUAUUAGCCCUUGAUAUAACAAUUCGUUACCAUUUUCACCAAAAAUUACAAAUACAACUUGUGAAUGUAAGGUUGUUUCUUUGGAAACUGCCACAAGGUAAUUCUACCGUACUCUUACUUGUUUUUAUAGUUUUUUUUAAUGUAAAUGUUUAUUUUAAAUUUCGUUGAACCGGUAUUAAGCUGUUAUUCAGUGUAGUUGAAAUGGAAUAACUUCUAGGAACAUGGCAAGUGUUUCAUUUCUGACUCUGUAAUAAGCUAGUUCAAGAAGACUAGCAUUUUGUAUAAUGUAAUGUACAGCACAGUAAGCUAUUCUAGUAUUGUAGCAUUCUCUCCAGCUCUGGAGGGAUGACUCAUACUAAAAUAGGGGACGCUUUACAGUAUUAUACAGCAAUUCAUGGUGUUCUUAUUGCACUCAAUAUUCCUAACCCCUCCAAAAGUUACACUCCGUCAUUACACCUGACUCUAAGGCAUUCCAGUGCUUGGGUAAUGGAUCCUUUAUAAUUAAACUGAAGUCCAAGGUAUUGCGGUUGGUACUGCUAAAAUCACAGGGGCAUUACGCCACACACAUUUCCAAUUAGGCUGUCCAGGGUGGCUAAUAUUACUGCUUGGUAUUCCUUCUAUAAUGGAGGCGGGUCCUUAGGCAGCUAACCCUUGCAGUGAAGAAUUAGCACAACCAUAUCUUGUUAUCUUAAUAAUUUUAGCUAUGAAAGCAUGCGUAAUUGCUAUGUUUCUAUAAACUUAUUACUUGAAGAAUGUUCCCUGCCUUGAAAGCUUACUGUAUGUAUUAGUCAGUGUUAAAUGUAUUACAGUAUUAACACUGAUAUAAAACAUCUGUUCAUGUUUUAAUUCCCAUCUUUAAUGCUACGAAUCCAGUAACUUACAGACUUAAUAAUUUUUUAGCAGUGUAAAUGAUCUUGUAACCUCUAAUAGGGGCCCACAAUGAGAGGCAAAAGAACAUUUUAAAUCAGGCAUCUGAAAUACUGUAAAAAAAAAAAAAAGUACAGCAGUAGCAAAAGGCAAUGAUGUGUAAAUUAUUGAGUAAUAGUUUAAAACUGGAACUUUAAAGAUGAUUCAAAAGGGUUAUUUCAUGCAGCAUUAGUGUGCAAAUGCUUAAUGAAUAGCACCCUAAGUGUUAUGCUUGUGGGAACUAUAUACUGUACAGUAAGUCCCAAUUAAACAUGCUCCUGUAUGUAUCUUCAGAUCCUCUUUAGAAAACUGUAUUGUUCAGUCAAGUGUUUGUUAAUGUUGCACAUGUAUUCACAUGUAACCAUACAGAAAUGUCCCAGGUGCAGCAGACUAUAGUGCCUGCUCAUGUUCUAGAGUGUAAAUGGAUUCGCCCAGACUCCUGGUUGUCUACAGCUCAUGGCAUGAUUACUGUGUUGAACCAAUUUCUAAAAGCUAAAUAUUUAAAUGUAUGCUAUAAAUUCGAUUGGAGAUUUUCAUAUUUUAACGUGGAUUAUUGUAACCCCCCCCCGAGUUUUUAGAAUUUACAUUUUUACACCAGUAAAACUUUGACUUGACAGUUAUGGGUUCUGAUGAGUCAUUUACUUAAAUAUGUUAUUUUUGUAAAUAUAAACUAAGAUACAAACGUCCAGUAACUAAUAUGUAAGAUGUUUUACAAAAUGAUGAUUUUAAUAUUAUUUUAAAUGAGGUAUUUUAGGUUAUUUAGGCUGUGACAUAAAAAAAUACCAGCGGAUAAUGUAAUCAUUUUAAGCUCCUAGAUUUGUAAGGUGGUUAUGCUGAGUUUAGUACAAAACAUUUGAUAGAUGGUUGAAGUCUGACUUCAGUCCAUCGUAGAUUGAAGAUGUUAUGCAAAAUGGAUUUCUGUAAAACGCUGAGAUAAGCACACUAAAAGGCACCUUGACUUCUUGAACUAUAGCCUUAGAAUGGUAACAUGUUUGAGGAACACUAACAUUGCAGGUAUUUAAAAAAAAAAAAAAAAUUAUCUACUUUGCACAAAAACAGGAAAUAUGUGUGCUGUUUCUUCCUAGUCUGGAUGUUUUGUACCUUUUCCAUACAUUGUAUAGAUCCUUAAAUAUAAAUGGAAGUAGUUUAUAAAACAAACAUGUAUUCUGCCAAUAAACACCCUGCAGUAUU